AUGAACGCCAUUGACGUGUUGUUAAAAAUUUUAAUAUUCUUCGUCGCAAUUCAAAGUCACAGCAGUAAGUCAGAAUCAUCUUUGGAAAGCCAAAAGUAUUUCAAGAAAAUUAAAGAUCAUGGUAAGCAUGCAUAAUGCAACAUUCAAAAUUCAAAUAUUAUGAGUACAGUUGUAUAUUCACAGUGUAUUCAUCGAAAGAUAUAGUUUUUCAUUCUUUGUCUUACAAAAUUAAUUUCAACCAAGGUAAUAUAUCACUGACAUUGAUCUUAUUGAAUAUUUCAGAACUAACAGUUUACAAAAUAUAAAAUAAAUUAAAUGAUAAAAACCCCAGUUUGUGCUAGACUUAGCACCAAGCCUGACCAGCCUCGUUUUGGUGCUUUUUGCAUGCACAUUUCAAAGAGCUAUAAUUUCCCUUGAGUAAGAUGGAUUACUUUAAUCUUAAACUCUCACAAUUUUCCUUAAAAAUAUGCUUCUUUUCAUGGAAAAUCUAUCCUGGUAAUGCAUAAAAUAAUAAAGGAAUACCAAAUGAUUUUCCGUGCAGGAUUGCGUGAUCCAUGCACGAGGAAUGUCGCGAGACUUUCGGAAAGCGUAAAAAUACUCGAGCCGCAGGCGAAUGUAUUUUUACGCUUUCCGAAAGUCGAGCAACAUCCCAAGUUCAUGGAUCAUGCUAUCCUGCUUGGAAAACCAUUUGGUAAUUGUUUUUUAAAAUAACUACAGUGAAACAAUGACAUUUUGAGAAUCUCGCGAAAAUCCCGCGAAGGCAUUUUAAUUCCUCGUGCAGGAUAGCCUGAUCCGGCCUGCACGGCUAUUGACCAAUCAAAUUGCGUGUUUCACUGUAGUUAUUAUAUAACGCGUGUGGCGGCUAGUUUUCUUAUCCGUGGAUCAAUAUGCAAGAAGAAAGUUCUGAUGAUUGUAAAAAGCGAAGUAUUCAAUUUACAUAUACUGGAUGAAACAACACAAAAUGACAGAUGUUUCAUUUUUCACGAAAUUAAUUAAAGAUCAUGAAACCUGUAUCAUAAAAACAUAAAUUUUAUAUUUCUUAACUCCAUUUGAAUUAAAUUAAAUUGGUCAAUAGCCGUGCAGGAUCAGGCUAUCCUGCACGAGGAAUUAAAAUGCCUUCGCGGGAUUUUUGCGAGACUCUCAAAAUGUCAUUGUUUCACUGUAGUUAUUUUAUAAAAAAAUUACCAAAUGGUUUUCCAAGCAGGAUAGCACGACCCAUGCACUUGGGAUGUUGCUCGACUUUCGGAAAGCGUAAAAAUACAUUCGCCUGCGGCUCGAGUAUAAUUAGUUAUUGGUUUAAUUAUUCAUAUUACCUAAUUUUCAAUAACUUAGGCUAUACAUUUGCCUUUUUUAUUGGUAUAAGGAAGCAUAUCCUGUAUCAAUGUAUGGCGUUGCUCUUCAAAAGUGAACACUGAGAUCGUACAGACUACUAUAGGGGAAUGCUAUAUGGGGGGGGGGGGUGAACCUCUCACACUCACCGAUAAACCCGAAUUAAGAGGGGCUUCAGUGGCGCAGUUGUCAGAGCAAACGCCUUUCACCAAUGAGGAAGUGGGUUUGACUCUCGCUACGAACUCAUGUGAAAAGGGUCUGCCAACGCUCUUCUGAAAUCGUGGGUUUUCUCCGGGCACUCCGGUUUCCUCCCUAAGUAAGCUGAAUAAUAGAAAUGUAAUAUCAUAUACUAGUGUGUGUAUAUCAUUCAGGUUUAUAUAUAUAUAUAUAUAUAUAUAUAUAUAUAUAUAUAUAUAUAUAUAUAUAUAUAUAUAUAUUAUCAUGUUUUAAAGUGCUAACUUGAGUUGCCCUGUAUUAUCGAUCUAUAUAUAUUAUCUAUAGGUAGCAAUGUUCCAUAGCAAUGUUCGCUGAGCGUACUUAUUUUUUAUGAAGCUGUAAUAACGAAUUUAUUAUAAUUUAUUAUACUUAAUAAUAGAUUUCAAUUUCUCUCCAGAAGACAAACACUUAAACCUGGUUCACACUAGCAAUCUUGUCGGCAAUGUUUCUCCUCUUGGCAAAUGUGAUAAAAUGAAUGACGUCCAAAAGACUUAAAAUUGUUUACUUCUGAAAAGCGACUUUUUCUUUUGUGUGCGAGUUCACUCAUUUGCAUAGGUCAGAAACACAAAAUCGCCGACAAUAUUGCUAUAGUGUGGACCAGAGUUCAUGCACGGAUUAUUCUCGCACAUUUUGAAGCAGCAAUCAUUAUCUAGUGACGCAUUAUUUAUCUUUAAACAGAUAAAGUAUACGAAAUGAAUUUUAACCGCAGAAACAAAUUUAAAAUUGACUUUAAUUUCAAAAUUGGGCGUCCGAAAAUUAGUAACGUCAAGGAAUUAUAUAUAUUAAUAAGUUCACUUAUCAUAAAUUCAUAUCGGUUAAUUUGAUUUUUUCUCCGCGCGAUAUUAUACACCAAUAUGCCGAUAUCUUGCAAUUUAUAUUACUUUAUAUAAACCAUUCGAAAAAUUCUCGUUUGAAAAAUUACACAAUAUUUUUUUAUUGAAUUUGACCGGUCCAAUCUGCAUUGUGGUAAUUAUAAAACUAUUGUGUAUAAUUUUUCAAACGAGAAUUUUUCGAAUUUAGCACUAUUUACUGUGCUGUUCAAUACAUUGCAUGAUCCUGCUUUGACGGACAAAAUUUCGAACGAGCGGAAUGAUAUUUGGUAGGAAAGUAAAUCACUAGCUAGGAUUAAAUUGAAAAUCCAAUUAAAGAACUAGAUCUUGAUUUAACGAGAUUAUUAUGGCUGCUUAAAGUUGAAUGCAUCAAUCUUUUUUUUUGGAUGACUGCAUGAGCCUUUUUUAAGAAUUCGUCAGUGAGGGGGGGGGGGCAUCUACAUACAUACAUAAUCAGGAUUUAGUAACAAAUGGCUCUCCCGAAAUAAAUUGCAACUUCACACAAAAAAGACUUAAGCAAUGUUUAUAGGAUCACCCUAUAACUUAAAAAACAAAGUUGGUAAUGAACAGGUUAUGAUAAAUGAUAAACCGGUUACUCGAUAUUCCUCUUUUCCAUGUUAGGGAGUAGAAAUAGAUGAAAGAAUGAGCUGGGAAAACCAUAUAGACACAAUAUGUAGGAAAGUUGGCUCCGGUAUUGGAAUCAUCAAAAGAGUAAAGCCGUUUGUACCGUCCGAAACACUACAAAAUUUAUAUAAUUCUCUCGUUCUCUCAUAUUUUGACUAUUAUUCAUCUUUAUGGGAUAAUUGUGGAAGCAUGCUCAAAGAGAAAUUACAAAAACUACAAAAUAGGGCGGCAAGAAUUAUGACAGGUGCCAAUUAUGAUGUCAGGUCGACAGAUUUGCUCCAUGCUAUGUCAUGGAAAAAUCUGAACGACAGACAUAAAAUGAAUAAAUCGGUCCUGAUGUUUAAAAUAUUAAAUAACCACUCAGCUCCGAACUUAAAGGAUAAAUUUAUAACAAGGGACAUAAAUGUUAGUACUAAUUAUAAUCUCAGAAAUGCUGAUAUGAAUCUUUUAGUUCCUAAUCCACGUACUGAAUAUUUAGAAAAGAGUUUUUGAUAUUGCGGGGCUGUUCUAUGGAAUAGUUUACCUACGCAGGCAAAGCAAACAGAAUCCUUAAGUAUCUUCAAAAAUUUGAUAAAAUAAUGUGUGCAACAGAGUCAGACAUUGAAUAAUCUUGUUGUUUUUUAACUUUUUAUCUACGUAUUUGUUAUUCUGUGUUAUUCUAUUUCAUAUUUAAUUUAUAUUAGUUUUUAGAAUGUAAUUUGUGUGACGCCCCUCAUGAAAUCAUCCAUGGGUGAUGAGGGAAGUGUGGUUAAAUAAAGUUCUACUACUACUACUACUACUACUACUACUGUACUAGGUGUGGAGAAAUGAUUGAUGGUUGUUAAGGUCCAUACAGACCGAACGCGAUUGGACAACGCGACGCGAAUUUUCAGAUAAGUACUAUGGACUGAAUACCAUAGACUGAAUCUUCAGAUAAGUACUAUGGUAUGUUUAUGUAAAUACAAUAUCUCGACUUCAACAACUCAAAUCUAUAAACAGCAAUAAGCUAUCCACUGGUAAUUUUUUAAAAGCUAAAGUAUUUACAACACAGUGUUUAGUAUGUUUAAAAAGCCAUUGGAUCAUUUGCAUGAAGAUGAAAGACACGAAAUAAGAUUCACAAAACAAGGUUCAGUUACUAAAAUAUAAAUAAAACCUCGCCUCUAAAUUCCAUUUUCUUCCAAUGUUUUAUAUUUUCGGGAGAAGAAAGGGACCUUAAUUUGGGCGAAGGAGGGAAUGAUUAACUCUGGGGGCAUCACGGGGCGUGGCUUUCGUCCGGUUGCAUGAGUUGAUUGGCAUUUGACCGCAUUGCCGUCUAUACAGGAUGUAUAAAAAAACUGACCAGAUUUGAAAUUGCUCUCAAUUUCGCAAAACAGCUAUUAGUAUCCAGUUUUUUAUAUAUAUAGCUUCUUUGGGUUCUUUUAAUGUAAAAUAAUGAAAAAAAAUUCUCGAGCUCAAAUUUUGUAAACCAGGGGAUUUGGGCACAAAAUUAAAAAGUUUCAAUCGUAUUUUGAAUUAAUGGGUGAAAAUGUGUUGCAUGUUCAAUUGCUGCACGAAAUUUCAGACAAUUUGCUUCACUUUAAAGGCGGAUUUCCAGUCCUCGCACGAAGCUCCUCGCAGCUCGCUGCGAGUGCAUGCAUGAGCACUUUCAUCCAAUCACAAUGUUAAACAGUUAAUUUUAAUUAGAUGCAAGCACUCCCAGCGAGCUGCGAGGAGCUUCGUGCGAGGACUGGAAAACCACCUUAAGCCCUUUAACUAUUCACGCAAACUUAAACUAAAAAAGCAGUAAAUUAUGCUUAAUUAAUGCAUUUGGCUAAUUUGCAUAUUGCAGCAAUAUGUCAAUUAGGUAAAGCUAAGGCAUUAAUUAUACGUGAAAAAGGCUGAUUUUCUAGGAAGAAAUGAAUGGUUAAAGGGGCUUAAACUAAAGCAAACUGUUUGAAAUUUUGUACUGUAAUUAAAAGCCAACAAAUGUUCCAUCCUUAACUCAAAAUACGAUUAGAGCUUUUAUAUUUUGCGCGUAAGCCAUUUUUAGUUUGUUGGAACCCCCCCCCCUGGUUUACCAAAUUUGAGUUCAACUAUUUUUUCCUCAUUAUUCUACAUUAUGGGUACUCAAGAAAUUUAAUAUAUAUAACAAAAACUUGAUACCACGAGUUGUUUUCCGAAAUUGAGAGCAAUUUCAAAUCUAUAUUCAGUUUUCUUAUACACCCUGUAUAGCUAAUGCAUGCUCACAUAUAUAAAUAAAGGCCGUUUUUCACUAAGAGAAUUUGUUCGCUUGAAGCAAUCUCUCUCCCUUAUCGCGUGAGCAAAACAAAUUCGCCUAGUGAAAAACAAGCUUCACCGAUAUAGAAUGGGACUCCUAUACUUCUUCUCAGUAAAUAUUUUGUCUCCACAAAUUGGACAAUUUAAUUAUCAGGCUAUUUUUACUCGUCUGAAACAAAGUGUAAAAAAUUAUUUAAAAUCGAGAACAAAAUUGAAAAAAAUAUUGUAAAAAAGUUUGCGAGAAACCCUAUGUAGUCUAGUAAAGUUUACGAAAAAUGGCUUUGAAAUCGUGAUCAAAAUACUGUUCCAAGAUUAUUACGAAAGACAAAACAGAUCAAAACAAAACUCAAGCCACACGUACGUACUGCAAAAACUCUGACUAUUUUGAUACUAAUAUUUUGAUAUAGAUAUAGUAUUUUGAGUAUACUGGAAAACUUGAGUAAUCGACCAAGUUGACGCAAGUUGAGAAGCUAAAAAUAAAUUAUUUGUAAACUUUUUAAAAAACACAGGUGACUCACUGGCACUUGAAGAUAUUAUAUCCAGCCAUAUUGUCCAUUCUGACAUUGAAUGUUCCUUGAAAUGUCUUGAAGAACAAUCAUGUGUUGGCUACAACUACAGAGCGACACCAAAGAAAAUAAAUUGUCAAAUCAGCCGCAAUACAACUCUAGAAGGAGAUACGGAAAGUCUUGUAAAUGGAGAGUGGAUGUUUUCCCAAGACUUGGAAACUUUGCCGGUUAGUAGAUUGCUUCACAUAAAACAGUAGUAAUUUUUUGUAUGCUUAUUGGUGUUAUGUAAUAAGGUGAAUAUGAUGUUUUCGAUUUUACUUUCAUUGUGCAUCCACACCGGGUAAGCUGAAACGUUUGCCUGACCAACUGUGCUACGAGGUCAAGUAGGUUCGAGUUGGUGAUAGUUCCUUCAAUAUUAAUGUAUUCCAAGAUGGUAGAACAUUGGACUAGUGUCCCAAAGGUCGCGGGUUUUAUUCCAACCGUGAUUAGGCAAACUUUUCAGCUUGCCCUGUGUGGAUGCAGUGAUGCACACUCAGAAUAACACCACAAACAUCAUACUUACAGUGGCGCCAAGCUGGCAAAGGCAACUGGUCAUACUAUGCUAAUAAACCAGCACUUAAAUAGGUUAAAGACAAUACAAUUAUAAAGGUUUGAAUAAUGCAAGUCAUAAUACACAAGUUUUUAUGCCAACGUUUUCAUUGCUAAGUUUGCGGGAAAUUAUUCUUUUAUUAUUAUUACUAUUUUCUGAAAUUUAAAAUCCUGUCUGAAUUUUGUCUAGUGGUCCCAACCCUAUUUAACUAGAAAAUAGAUGCAUGCAGAAACUCUUCGCAUUGCUGACAAAACCACUGUAUUUUGAAGUAUUGAAAGUAGUUGUCAUGGUAACACGAUAAUUUUGUUAAGAAUAUUUUUACAAGAUAUUUGCUGUGUUGGUGUAGUGUACUCAAAUGAAUAAGAUGCUUGUGAAGUUACUCUGAGUGUGAAUCCACACCGGACAGGCUUGAAAAAUAUGCCUGGCCACAGUUGGAAUCGAACCUACGGCCUUUGGAAUACUAGCCCAAUGCUCUGCCAACUGAGCUACGCGGUCAGAUCGGUUCGAGUAUACGAUAUUUCGGAACUGAGUCUUGUUCCUUCGAUAUCAGUGUAAUCUAAUAAUCAUAAUAAUUAUUUGCCGUGUUGGUGUAGUGUACUCAGGUGAAUAAGAUGCUUGUGAUGUUACUCUGAGUGUGAAUCCACACUGGGCAGACUUGAAAAAUAUGCCUGGCCACGGUGGGAAUCGAACCUACGACCUUUGGAAUACUAGCCCAAUGCUCUGCCAACUGAGCUACGCGGUCAGGUGCAAAACCCCCAAACAUAUAUAUGUUAGGUAUGUUAUUACACGUAACACAAGCUUCAAUUUAUUAAAAUAUAUAAACUGCCGUUACCGAUAAACUUUGAGCUAAUUUGAAAUAAAAUUAUUUCAAAUUCUCGCAAUCAAACAACUUUGCUUUCUUUUUUAUUUAAAAAUUUUAAUAUAUUAUAAAAGGGUAAUCAAUAAAGAAACACUGAAAAUAUAUGCUGUCUUUUUCAUUUAAAAUAAUACGUAACGAUCAGCUUUUAAAGCUAUUAUAAAGCGAACAAUACAUUAAUAUUUAAAACAAACCUACCUUCGUUAACGUCGGCGACUUUACUCCCUUCUUUUAUAGCAAUUCUUUCCUCUUUAUUUUCUUAGAAAGCUUUUGAAGUUCACAAAAUCUUGCAAAAACGAAAUAUAUUUGCAAGAAAUCAUCAAAUCAAGAAAUGUUUGCUAUUUCGCUGUCGUCACGCUGUCGUUAUAAUGCAAAUUUUAAAUUUGACCAAUCAGUGUUCGCUAUUCAUGACAGUCCGCCAUAUUUUUGAGAUCAGUGAGGAUGACCACCCACCAAACACUCGAACACCGUUGGUGACCCACGCCCGCGAUCAUUGACUUCGCUAAUGCUUUCGUUUCCCCGGGUGUAAAUAGCCGGGGGGAAUUAGGACCCUCGCCCCGGGCUUACGCCCGAAACGGCGCUGCGCGCUGUUGGCUCAGGGAUUAGAACAUGCAAAAAUCUAAAAACACAAAAACAUCAAAUGUUUAAACCAAGCAAUUUGAUUCUUUUUUAGACGUACUCUAUUGUAUCGAACAAUGAAUGGACUCUUAUUGCACGCUUCUCCAACCAUGAUUCUAAACAAUGGAUUACAGAUGGUUCAUUUUGGUAUGACAGAGACUCUCCAUAUGGAGACGCAAACAAUCCAGCAAGCAAUACCGAUAUGAUAUCUGCAGCAUUCUGGGAAUUGAAAGGAAACGAAAUAAAGAUUACAAGAAGUGAUGAUUCCAGUCACACAGCAUUACUACGGACUACUUCCAACUGUCUUCAAGGUAGGUUAAUUGGUAUUUUGAUACUUUCGGGCUCCGUUUUUGAGCUGACGCAGUGGAUCAUUAUAGCUGGUAUCAAAUGA